UUGUCCACGUGGACCGACCAUAUAUAAGAUUCUCUCGUCAUUAUAAAAUUAAUUUUGACGCACACGUUUCGUUCACUACGUUAUCCGUGUUCUUCAGAGUCACGAAAUUCAGAAUUCAAAGAGAAAAAAACAUCUACAAGAAACUUGCAGCAAUAGCAUCAAUGCAAGUUUCAGGUGCUGCAAUCAGCGACGUUAUGGUGGUGCUUCCAUCUUCAUCCUCUCUCCGGUUACCGGAAUUCCGCCAUUUCCAUUCUUUUGAUGCCAAGAAUGUUCUUUCCACUGGAUUUCUUAAGAGUUGUCCUCCAUCUUAUAAUGCCAAACACUACAAUGAACCCUACAGUUUUCGAGGUAGAGGGUUAGUUGUGAGAGCAUCUACAGAUUCAAGUGAUAAUUUUGUGCCUUCUCCUCCUCUCCAAUUUGAGUCACCAGUUGGUCAGCUGUUGGAACAAAUUUUGCAAACCCAUCCUCAUUUGUUUUUAGCAACCAUUGAUCAGCAGCUAGAGAAACUUCAGACUGAAAGAGAUGCCAACAAAGAAGAAUCGUCUACAUCAUACGAGGAUUCCCUUUACAAGAGGAUAGCUGAAAUUAAAGAGAAAGAAAAGCGCACAACACUGGAAGAGAUAAUGUACUGCUUAAUCGUGAACAAAUUUAAAGAGAACAAAAUUUCAAUGAUCCCAAAAAUAUCAGCAACCUCAGAUCCUAAUGAACAAGUGGAUUCAUGGCCAAAUCAAGAGUUUAAGUUAGAAGCUGUUCAUUCUUCAGAGGCAUUUGAGAUGAUACAGAGUCACUUGUCUCUGGUACUAGGAGAACGGGCUGUGGGUCCUCUUCAGACAAUUAUUCAGAUUAGCAAAAUCAAGCUGGGUAAGUUAUACGCUGCUUCAAUAAUGUAUGGAUAUUUUCUCAAACGGGUUGAUGAACGCUUUCAACUGGAGAGGUCAGUGGGAACACUUCCACAGGAUUUGGGUAAAGAAAAUAUUAGUUUUGAUGAACCAUCGCCACCAAACAAGCUCUGGGAUUCAGAUUCCUUGAUUAGGAUCUAUCCUGAUGACGAAGGUUAUUAUGAAAUGGAUGACAUGAAUACUGGUGAUGGUGAAGGCAAAUCAUCCGGACUGCGAGCUUAUGUGACGCAGUUGGAUACGGAGGCACUUCAGAGACUUGCUACCGUACGCUCCAAGGAAGCUAUAUCAUUGAUUGAAAAGCAAACUCAGGCCCUCUUUGGAAGGCCUGAUAUCCGCCUCUCUGGCGAUGGUUCGAUUGAAACUACCAAUGAUGAAGUUCUUUCGCUUACCUUCUCAGGCUUGACUAUGCUUGUUUUGGAAUCUGUUGCUUUUGGAUCAUUCUUAUGGGACGAAGAAAACUAUGUUGAGUCCAAGUAUCCUUUUCUUGCUAAAUAGAAGACUGUACUUGUUGAUUUUUUUCUAUUCAUUUUAGUUUGUAAAUGUAAUGCAUGGAACUUUACUCCAAUGAAUUGAUUGCAAUUCUAAACAGGAGUUAUUUUGCGACAUUUCAGAACUUGAGAAAUGUAGUAAAUGUAUGUACAGUGCAUUAGGUAGAACUACAGGAUAAUAAUCUUCUCAUCAAUGGAAGAGUUGAAUUUGAA